CUUUAUCACUCACUAGUUGUUAGCUGCUGCAUAUCACCUUGUUAGUUAAGUUCACUCACAAACAAAGAUGCCUCUUCUACUUCAAUCCAUGGCUGCCCAGAAGCCCCUUCCUUCAGUUACUAAAACUGUUGCCCCCAAAAAGGCCACAACAUCAUCAUCAUCAAUCAAGCUUUUAACAAGAGUACAGCAACUCAAACUUCUAACGAAAGCGGAGAAAGCUGGAUUACUUUCGGCAGCAGAGGAAUUUGGACUAUCCCUUUCGUCGAUAGAGAAACUUGGCCUCCUUUCUAAAGCUGAAGAGCUUGGAGUCCUUUCUGCAGCAACUGAUCCAAGAACCCCAUCAGCACUCUUAAACCUGAGCCUUGGAUUGCUAUUUGUAGGCCCUCUCUGUGCCUACUUAGUGCCGGAGGAUUACCCCUGGGAAACGGGGUUGCAAGUGGCUGUCGCACUGCUCUGUACACUCGGGGGAUCUGCUGCUUUUGCAGCUUCAAAUUUUGUAUCUAAUUUGCAGAAAUCAAACUGAAUGUAGGGGUAAAGAUGUUCUGCAAAUUACAUUUUGUACGAGUCUACGCUUAUAAACUAUCUUUCAGCA